AUGGGUAUGACAGGACGACUUUUGCUGUUCGUCGUCGUCGUCGUCAUGGUCUUCGUGAUGGCUUCAGAAGCUAUGAGGGCAAAACGCGACAACUGCAAGUCGGAGAAGCUCAGGGAGCUGGUGUUGGAGACCGUAGGCAUCUAUCCACAUCAGUAUAGUUAUCAGGCAAAAUACCUAAAACAACAGGCCGAGGAGCGUUUCGGCUUCUGGUGGAGCGCUGUGAUCGUCAGCGAACGUGGCGGUUAUGGGAUGAGUGCUGUCUAUGAUCAGUACAAGAAUACGUCGUGCGAAAUGAUGCUGUUCGAUACGUAUUAUUGGAUUGGGCGGACUUGUUGA